UUGUUCCUUCCAGCCGUGGGGGGGGCUCCGCCAGCUCCGACUUUAAGGGCUUCACUCUGCUCAUGCCAGCAGUGUCAGUGGGAAAUGUUGGUCAGCUGGCAACCGAUCUAGUGAUUUCCACGCUCAACAUGACUAAAGUUGGCUACUUCUACACGGAUUGCCUGGUGCCAAUGGUUGGAAAUAAUCCAUAUGCAACAGCAGAAGAAAACUCAAUGGAGCUGAGUAUAAAUGCUGAAGUGUAUUCAUUACCUUCAAAGAAACUUGUAGUUCUACAGAUCAGAUCACCUUUUAUAAAGAACAAGUACAGGCCAUUCUGUCAAACACUGCUUUCUUGGGUGAAAAGCAGCAAAUGUGCCAGAGUUGUCCUUCUGUCUAGCAGCCAUGCAUACCAGCGCGAUGAUGAGCAACUCCUUGGGACACCACUACGCUACCUACUUACACCUGAUCUUGAGAAAGCAGUUGGAGGCCUUAUGCAGGAGCUAAACUGGAAAGAAAUGGAAAAAGUAGCAGCUUACCCCGGAAUAAAUGAUACAGAAAAAGUUCUACAUAUUCCUGGAGGUGGCAUCACAAAACUAUUGUUUACUGAGAGCUGUUCAAAAGGAAUCCAAAUGGCAGUUCUUCUGAAAUUCUGCUCAGAAGGGGACAACAUCCCUGAUGCGUUUGCUCUUGUUAACUAUCUUAAUGAAUGGCUCCAACUAGUUAAAAGCGAAAGCAACAGUUCCACAGAUACUUCUUCACAAUGGAAAAUACCAAGUUCUUGGCGCUUACUUUUUGGCAACGGUCUUCCACCUGCACUCUUCUGAUCAAUUUUGAAUUCUUCUGUAAGUCACGUGUGCAGUCUCAAACAUCCCUUGAGAAGGUGAUUACAUAGUAAUUGCUGAGCAACAGCAGCUUAAUUUGUUGUGUACAUAAAUUCUUUAUUUAAGAAAAAUUCCUUUCACAUAUGUGGGUAGCUAAAGAAAUUAAGGUAACUUUCACAAAUUGACCAAAGAAAUAUGUUUUGUACAGUUGUUUAUUGAAUAACGUUGGUUGAAUUUUUUUCUAAUAAAAUAUUUUUUAAAAAA